AGAGAGAGAGAGAGAGAGAGAGAGAGAGAGAGAGAGAGAGAGAGAGAGAGAGAGAGAGAGAGAGAGAGAGAGAGAGAGAAUGGCGCGGCAAAGAGUUCAUCACUGUGGAGUGAGUAAUAGGUAUUCAGUAAACCCGCGAGUUCCAGCACCUUUUCCUCCUGCUCCAUAUCCUCUUCCUCCUCGGGAUCUCUCUCCAGAACCCACGACCCACCUUGCCCUUCGCCUCCCUUUCGCUUCUCCAUUCACUCACCACGAAACCUGGUCGCCCCAGGCCGCCGGAGGCGGCGACCUUCUUUAUGGUCGCACGACCGGUGCGGACAGGCAGGGCUUCCUCGCCACCCACUUGCUUGAGAAUCGCAAUGGCUGGCAAUUGGGCGGUGGAGGGGCAGAGGGAGGGAGUACUGCGAGAGAGAGGGAGAUGGCAGAGACGCUCUACGCUGCUGGUCAGAAAGGUUGGAUCGUUACCGCCCCUGCGGUGCCGCUCAGAGCCCCACAGGUGGGCGACGACGAGAGUCCACGGCUGCGCGACCCUUCAAAUGGCGGGAAAGUUAUUGGCGGGAAAAACUAUUUUGAUCCUGUCGCUUUACAAAAGCGAGUUUGGGGCACCGCGCUGGUUGAAUCGGCGCCUCAAGCUGCGCGCCGAGCCCUGAUGGCGGACGUGGAGUCCCACCCCUUGCCCGUUCGUCGAAAUUCUAAGUACCGGCGGCUGUCGGUCACAGAGGAGGACUUGAAGAGGGAGGAGCUCGCAUCAGCCGCUCGGCAGUAUCUGAGGCGCUAUGUGUCGGACCGUUUCCACAACGCAGGGGCCAGCACACAGGUCAGUAUGGCAGAGAGGAAGAAGAGAGAAGAAGAGAAGAGGAGGAGGAAGAUGGGACGAGGAGGAAGAGGAGGAGCAAGGGGAGAAGAGGAAGGAGCACCAGGAGGAGGAGGAGGAGGAAGAGGAGGAAGAGGAGGAAGAGAAGGAAGAGGAGGCGGAUCAGGAGAAGAGGAAGAGGAAGAAGGAGAAGAAGGAAAGGGGGGAACAAGCGAGGAGAAGACGGAAGAGGGGGAACAAGCGAGGAGGGAGGAGGAGGAGGAGGAGAAUGUGAGGAGUAGGAGGAUGGGAGGAAGAGGAAGAGGAGGAGAGGGAAGAAGCAGAGGAGCAAGGGGAGAAAAGGAAGGAGCACCAGGAGGAGGAGGAGGAGGAGGAGGAGGAAGAGGAGGAAGAGAAGGAAGAGGAGGAGGAUCAGGAGAAGAGGAAGAGGAAGAAGGAGAAGAAGGAAGGGGGGGAACAAGCGAGGAGAAGAAGGAAGAGGGGGAACAAGCGAGGAGGGAGGAGGAGGAAGAGGAGAAUGUGAGGAGGAGGAGGAUGGGAGGAAGAGGAAGAGGAGGAGAGGGAAGAAGAAGAGGAUAAAGGGAGGAAGAGGAAGGCUGAGAAGAGGAGGAGAAUGGGAGGAAGUGUAGAUAGGAAGAGCAGAAAGAAGAGGAGGAGGAGUGGAAGCAGUACCAUACCGUGGGCAGAUGACAUCGAGAGCAAUAUCAAAAG